AUGCAGUCACUACAAUCCUUUGUUUUCAUCUUAAUAUUUUUAGUACUUGCUUUUGAUGUUUGUGAAUCACAAGAUUGUAGCAGUCCUUUCAAGAUCAUUACAGUCAGUGAAUCAGGCGAAACAAAUUUCCAAACAAUUCAAAGUGCCAUUGAUUCUGUCCCUGAUGGAAAUUCUCAAUGGAUUCACAUCCAAAUUUCCCCUGGUGUUUAUAGAGAGCAAAUCUUUAUUCGCAAGAGCAAACCAUGCAUUUAUCUUGAAGGAGCUGGUAGCAGUUCAACGAGUAUUGAAUGGAGUACACAUGAGGAUGCUACUUUCGUAUCAAAAGCAAAUAAUACUGUUGCAAAGGGGAUUACUUUCACGAAUACAUUGAACAACCCAGUAUUAUCAGAGGUCAGUAACAUCAUACCAGCCAAAGCUUUUCGAAUACAUGCAGAUAAAUGUGCUUUCUUUAGUUGUGCUUUUCUUGGGGUACAAGAUACCCUAUGUGAUGAUUAUGGUCGCCAUUACUACAAUAAUUGUUACAUCCAAGGUGGAACUGAUUUCAUAUAUGGGGAUGGCCAAUCACUUUUUGAGGCAUGUACAAUACUUUUUUCAAUGGGAAAAUAUGGUCCCAAAAGAGAUGGGGUUAUUACAGCACAUGAAAGGGAUUCACCAAAUGAUCCAAGUGGGUUUGUGUUUAAAAAUUGUAACAUAAGUGGAACAGGAGGAAAUGUUCAACUUGGAAGGGCAAUGGGUGCUUAUGCAAGAGUCAUCAUAACUGAUUCAUAUCUAUCAGAUGUUGUUAGGCCUGAGGGUUGGAGCCCUAGAACCUAUGUUGGCCAUGAAGAAAACCUUACUUUUGUGGAAGAGGGAUGUACAGGACCUGGAGCAAACAAAUCGGAGCGUGUUAAAUGGAUGAAACACUUGAGUCAACCUGAACUUGAUCAAUUCUUGAAUAUCUCUUUUAUUGAUGAAGAAGGGUGGAUUUCAAAAUUGCCAACAACUUUUAGGAGGGUGGGAGAUGGUGCAGACAUUGAUUUUUGGCGUGAUCGUUGGUGCGGAGAUGUUCCACUGUGUGACCGGUUUAGGCGCCUUUUUGACUUGAAUGUUAACAAAUCAAUUUCAGUUAGGAAUAUGUUCUUGUUGGGGGUGGAUGUGGGUGGGGAGGCGUUGCGGUGGCGUAGGCGGUUGUGGGCUUGGGAGGAGGAGUUGGUAGAGGAGUGUAGGGUUUUAUUACUAACAAUUUCUUUGCAGGAAUCAGUGACAGACAGAUGGCUUUGGUUACCUAAUCAGGAGGGUGGGUAUUCUUGCAUUAUGGCCAAUGGUGCGGGCAUGGCUAGGAGUGGUAGGGGUCGAAUCUCAAUCAACUUCAGAUCAUUGUCUGCAAUUUAUUAA